AUGAAUGAACAAAUUGAUCCGUUUUAUGAAGCAAAACAAGAAGUUGAUAUUUCUGUAAAUAAACUACAAAGCCUAUAUAAUAAUUGGAAUAACAUACCUGAUAAAAGUUCUAUAUCUGCAAGAGAAAAAUACAAUUUGAUAAAAGAAGAAAUAAAAUACUUAAAUGAAGAUUUAAACGAUUUAGAUAAUUCAGUUAAUAUAGUAAAAAAAAAUUCAUAUAAAUUUAAUAUAAGUUCCCAAGAAAUUGAGGAAAGAACACAAUCAUUGAGAAUCAUAAGAAAUUUAUUGAACGAGAUAACAAACAAUAUAAAUAAUAAUGUUUUAAGUUAUAAUAAUAAUACAAAUAAUGACUACAACUCAGUUAUAUUAAAAAGACAAGAUAACGAUUUAGAAGAAUUGGCUGAAUCAGCAGAGAGAUUACACCAUGCUGCAAUUACAAUAAAUACCGAAUUAAAGGAUCAACAAAAGUUAUUAGAUGAACUGGAAAACGAAAUGGACAUUUCUAAUGAAAAAAUUAACUUCGUAACAAAAAAAAUAUCUCAUUACUUAAAAACAAAGAAUCCAAAAAUCUUGUCCUUAAUAUGUUAUUUAUCAUUGAUAUCUUUGGUCUUAUUCUUUAUACUCAUAGUUUCAUGA